GGGCGCUAGUACGCGUACGGUGGCGCGCCAUGGCAUUUUUCGUGUGUGCGACGGUCGACAGUGCACCGUAACCACUACUUUAUUUUACCAUAGGAUUGCUACUUUCUUUUCGAAAAUUUAGUCACCUUUUCAUCAACCAUGUCCGCGAGAUUUACGGUGUCAAAAGCACCGGAUGACAUAGAACUCGAUGGCGCAGGGAAGACUCCGGAGGUGGAGAUAAUCGGCAAUGAACCCGGCAAAGAACAGUCGUCAAAAAAGUACGCUCGUUUAGUUGAUGGCCGGAACGAUUAUUAUGGCAGUGUGAACAGUAACUGGAGUGAUGGCAGCAAAGCAGAAAUGUCACCGUUCAUGGACCAGGAGAAGGGGCUUCAAGACUUGGCUCUGUACGAGGAGGAGAUUGAGAACAGGCCCAAGAUUGCAUCUCUCCUUAACACCCUGGCCAACUACAAGUCCCUACCAGAGCACACGGAGAUGCCAGGAGAUAGGAAAUCGGACCGACCCACCGUGAAAGGAGCCCAGAUGGGUACCCUGAUGGGUGUAUACCUACCCUGUCUGCAGAACAUCUUGGGCGUCAUUCUCUUCAUUCGUCUGUCUUGGAUCGUGGGCACUGCCGGGGCCCUAGAGAGUUUCUUCAUUGUCCUCAUAUCCUGCUGCACAACCUUACUGACUGCCAUCUCCAUGAGCGCUAUCGCAACCAAUGGGGUGGUUCCAGGAGGCGGGGCCUACUUCAUGAUCUCCAGAGCCCUUGGGCCGGAGUGGGGCGGGGCAGUAGGCAUCCUGUUCUACCUAGGGACGACCUUUGCCUCGGCCAUGUACAUCCUUGGUGCUAUUGAAAUCCUUCUGAUCUACAUCGCCCCGGUUAUAUCGCUCUUCGGCGACAUCACAGAGCUGGGCGCCAGCCAAAGCUCGGCCAUGCUGAACAACAUGCGGGUGUACGGGACCGGUAUCCUGCUAGUCCUAUCCCUGCUUGUGUUCGUGGGUGUUAAGUACGUCAACAAGUGCGCCUUCCUCUUUCUCAUGUGCGUGCUGUUGACCAUUCUCAGCAUGUACGUCGGCUACUUCACUCCCCACGAGCUCAAGUUCUGCGACAUGAACGACGACAUAGCCCUCCAGUUUGACAGCAGCAGUGACAGCAACUGCGCCUUCUUUGAGAACGGCACUCUGACGGAGCUCGGGGAGAUGUACUGCCCGAACAACACCGAGAUCUGUCAAGAGUUCUUCAAGGAGAACAGCGUCCAGUGGAAGAACGGGAUUCCUGGGCUCGGAACGGGACAGAUAUCACGCAACACGUUUAAUCUGUACCGCGAGGCAGGGGACGUGUUACCCAGAGAGAAGGGAACCAACAAUCAAGUGGUAGCCGAUAUCACCACAAGCUUCUACAUUCUACUGGCUAUCUUCUUCCCGUCUGUCACUGGUAUCAUGGCCGGCAGCAAUAGGUCUGGUGACCUGAAGGAUGCCCAGUUUUCUAUACCAAGGGGAACCAUUGGCGCCAUACUUACCACCAGCAUCAUCUAUCUGACCUCGGUUCUAUUCUUUGCUGGAACUGUCAAGGGAGAGGUUCUCAGAGACAAAUAUGGUGAAAGCGUAGGUGGGGAUUUGGUGGCGGCGGCCAUCUGCUUCCCAUCCAAAUGGGUGGUGCUGAUAGGUGCCUUCCUGUCCACCGUAGGGGCGGGGCUACAGAGCCUGACGGGGGCACCUCGGCUCUUGCAGGCCAUAGCCAAGGACAACAUCAUCCCGUUCCUGGCCGUGUUCGGCCGAGGCUCGAAGACCGGGGAGCCGACCUGGGCUCUCUUGCUUACAGCCGGCAUCUCGGAGAUCGGAAUCAUCAUUGCUAGUUUGGAUAGCGUGGCCCCAAUCAUCACCAUGUUUUUCUUGAUGUGCUACAUGUUUGUGAAUCUGGCCUGCGCCCUUCAGACCCUCCUGAAGACGCCCAACUGGAGACCGAGAUUCCAAUAUUACCAUUGGAGCUUGUCCUUCCUAGGAGUGAUCAUGUGUCUGGCUCUCAUGUUCAUCUCCAGCUGGUACUAUGCGCUGGGCGCCAUAGCCCUAGCAUUCUGCAUCUACAAGUACAUCGAGUACCAGGGAGCUGAGAAGGAAUGGGGUGACGGUCUGAGUGGUUUGUCGCUGACGGCAGCCCGCUACAGCUUGAUGAGACUUGAGGACCGGCCGCCGCACACCAAGAACUGGAGACCGCAGAUUCUGGUCCUGUGCAAGCUGAAUGAGGAUCUCGUACCCAAGUACAGACGAAUUCUGACAUUCGCUAGUCAACUCAAAGCAGGGCGUGGUUUGAGCUUGGUGUCAUCUAUCCUGGAGGGCGAUUUCUUGACCAGAUACAGUGAGAGUCAGGCUGCUGAACGGGAGCUGCGUAACAUGAUGAAUGAGGAAAAGGUCAAAGGUUUCCCGUCGGUUCUCGUUGCCAAAGAUGUCACGGAAGGACUCGCUGCAUGCGUGCAGAUGAGUGGUUUGGGAGGCCUGAAGCAUAACACGGUGGUCCUAGGCUGGCCGUACGGAUGGAGACAGUCAGUCGACGACAAAGCCUGGAAAGUCUUCCUUGAUACGGUGCGGGCCAUCUCUGCAAGCCACAAUGCAUUACUAGUACCCAAGAACAUCAGCAACUACCCCAGCAACAAGGACAAGUUUGAGGGUGGCACCAUUGACGUGUGGUGGAUUGUCCAUGACGGCGGGAUGUUGGUCCUUCUACCUUUCUUGCUCCGACAGCACAAAGUCUGGAAAAACUGUCAACUUAGGAUUUUCACUGUCGCACAGUUGGAAGACAACAGCGAGAAGAUGAUCAAGGAUCUGAAGACGUUCCUCUACCACCUCAGAAUUGAGGCUGAAGUUGAAGUUGUAGAGAUGCCAUCGGGUACUAUCGCAGCCUACACCUUUGAGAGAACCAUGAUGAUGGAGCAACGAUCCCAGCUGCUGCGUCAGAUGAAACUCAGCAAGAAGGAAAGUCGCAUGGUGGCCCAGACGUUAGUGGACGAGUCGCACGUCAGCAUCGCGCCCAAAAAGAGCAACUCAGACAAGAAGGUGACGUUCUCAUCCGAGGAGCCCUCCUCCUCCCCGUUUGACUCGCCGGGAAUCCUCGACGACGAUGGAGAGGAGGAUUUGAUCUACGAGGCGCCCAGCGAAGACUCCGUGGGUGACAACAAGGAGUCGGCCCAGGCUGAGCCGCAGCAGGCCAAGGAUAUGACGGACGUCAAGCUGAAUUUCCAGAAUCAUCCUUCGGUGAGCAACGUGGAGCGAAUGAACAACGCUGUGCGAUUGAACGAAGUCAUUGUGGACCGAUCCCAUCAGGCGAACCUCGUCAUUCUCAAUCUGCCGGGACCACCCAAGAAGAAGUACCGAGAACAAUACUACAUGGAGUAUCUGGAGGUGCUGACGGAGGGCCUAGAGAGGGUCCUGAUGGUGCGAGGAGGCGGUAGAGAAGUCAUCACCAUCUACUCAUAAAAGAAACCGGGGGUGAAGGUCGUCCCUGAACAGCACGUCAUCUGUCACUCUUUGGUGAUCCCAUCUCGCUCCCUGCAUCUUCUCAUGGAUUCAAAUGCAGCCUAAUUAAUGCAUGUUGUAUUAAAAUUGUUACGUCAGCAAGCAUGAGCCCGUUGUUUUUAAAGGAUAUGUUUUCUCUUAAGUCACUUUAAGGUCGAAUGAAGAUAAUGGUGAAUUUCAAAGGUUGGCAGCUUCACAAAUCUAACCAGUCACCAGGAAAUGAGUAUAAGGACGUACAGUGGGGCAAAGCCAAUAUUUGAUGAGGUGGUUGAUUUUUUUGUUUUCAGGUGAACCUCUGUCUGUCCUGUUCUAUCUUUUCCCAUUUUUUUUUGUUCCAUCAAUUGUUUUUAAAUCCUAUUUUCAUCCUGUUGUAUUAGUUGGCUGUUUGUUCACAGUAAUUCAACAGUAGGAUUUUUAAACGCCCUUUUCUCAACAAUUAGUUUAACCACUUCAAUUUAUUGGUAGUGUAUAUUUCUGUAAUUGAGCUCAGUACCCCCAAAUGUUAUAUACCGUUAGAAAGCUCUUGUUCUGCAGGCUCCAGAAAUAAAAACAUCUCAAUUAUUAAAAAGCCUGCCUUUAUGGGCAUUUUGUGGUGAAGGGCCACAUAUGUCACGGUGGGUAAGUCUGUUAAAAGGAGAGUCAAAGAAGUGAAGUAUUGAUAUUGUUAUUCUCAGUUGGAUGGAGAGUAAGCCUCUGGACUGAUAACGUCACAUUUUGUUUACUUGCGCGCUUUUCUAUUGGGCUACGAAACCGUCGUUCCCACCUGGCUCCCAUAAGGAAGCACACGUGGAAACAAAGUGUGACGUCAUCAUUUACAGAGGCUUAUUGUGUUUCAUUGGAUGAAUGAAGAAAACACUGCAGCUACCUCAAAAUAGCAAACUCUCUAUAUUCAGUGCUGCUCUUGCAAAGUUAAUUUCGAGUUUUAGUAACGUAGUUUGCAGUGUAGGUGAUUGUAUAGUAGUUUUUAGUAUGGAAAACUGUUUGUGUUGGUAUUUCAUGAAGUUGGUUAUUAGCUCGUUCCCGUAAAGCGAAACUCUUUCAGACAAAGAUGUAGUUGACGGGUGCCAAUUGUUUUUUAUUGUGAGUGUUAAGAUGUAUAGAUGGGAGUUUCUAGGGGCCAGUUUCGGCAAGAUGCUAUUUUUGAAAUCAGUUUGUUUUGUACAAAUCUGUAAAUUGAUAUAAAGAUUUGAAGAGAUCACAUGAUAUUUGAAAGAUUUUUGAAGGGGACUAGAUUGUAGAUAGUUUUGAUGAUUGUAUUUGCAUAUGUAGCAUUUUUAACAUGUCAGUAACCAUCAGUGAGACAAUCCUGGUUAAGAUUACUACUCUUCAUUUUUUUUUUUAUUAAGUUGGCUGGUUAGCCAGCUUAUAACCUUGGCCAAACCUUGGUUGUAACUUGCUAAACCCUUUUGAACUGAAGAUUCAACCUGGUUUGGUCGAUCAGCUUAGUUUAAUUUCCGUCUUCAGCAUCUUUCAGGUUCAACGUUGCUUUUAACAAGGCUGACAUGGUAUUUUGGACUAAGUUAGUGUUGUUAAACCAUGGUUUAACCAUGGUCAAACUUUUGUGAAAUCUUCAACCAAAAAAAUAACAUAGAGUACGUUUUAAUCCAGGUUUAAGCAAAUUUAAACCAGUUUAAGGUCAUUCCAUUAGUGUGGAGUGUGUGUUUUUUUAGUCUACUUACAAUAACAAGGUGCUAUGAUUUAGUUUUUGGCUUCACGAGACACUUUAAAACACAGCUGAUAUUUUUGUGAAGCACGUAAAAGUUUGAUAAUAAACGAAAGAAUUCUUUAUCAACUUGAAACUGAUAUUUUUGUCGAGAUUUUGAAAGCACUACCCGUAGCUGUGCCUUGUUGUAAUAUCUGCAACAGUCUUCCAAGUUUUUGGUGGUUUUGUUUUGUUGUUUUUUUGUUGGGGGGGGGGGCAGGAGGCUGAGGGCAGAGAUUAAUUUUGCAUUCGGAGUCAAGCUUGGUUUUGCAGGUAGAUGUCAAAUACACCUGCCUGUAAAACGGACACGGUGUAACCAAAUCUAUCUUACCUUGACUAAUGUUUAAUUCAACAAACCAUAUAUAAUCAUAAAAUGUUGAUGAGUAUUUUGUAGAAUUGCUAAAACGACGUUUUCCAGUUAGAUAUCCAUUGGAUAACGAUUCGCUCAAACACUGUUGAUGUAGUUCCACAAAGGUGUUCUACAAAAAAAAAUAAGCAUGUGCGCCCAGCCAAAUCUAAUAUUCUCGAGUCGACCACUAAGAAUGCACAUGCAGCAUAUUUUUAAGUGUAUGUAGAAGUUUGUACGUGUAUAUAUAUCAAUCUUUGUUGAGUUUAUGAAGAAUUAACUAAAGAAUCAGAAAAAUUAGCGAUGAUGAAUGUACAGUCAUUAACAUACAUUUAACAAUGUUUACAUGCGUUGUUUUAUUGAUGGUGCUUAUAAUGAGACAAUUUCUGCUGCGAUACCAGAGAUAUUUGAGACGGUGAUUAUUCAAAACCGUUUAUUCAGAUGUUUGUACUGUUACAUUUCGCACAGCUGUUUCACGUGUUUCAGGUAUUGCCACUCGCAUGUUGGAUAGCUGUCAUGUUUUCUCCGUGUCAAAUGAAAAGAUUUGUGAUUAGGAAACAAACAAAACAUUGUUAGAAAGUUUUGUGAAACAUCGAAAGACUUUUGCAACGAGGAAUGUGAACAGCAUAAUUAACGAGUUGACAUACUCUCAGUUUGCAUGGAUCGAAAACUGUCAUAUUUCAGGCAUGUACAGAAUUUAGGUAACACUUAUGCAAAGUUUGUCAUUCUUCAACCCAGAAGUUUCUUGUUUAAGUUAAAUAUAAAAAAAGCACAAAUUAAUGAAAAGGCAGCGAUGCGCGGAGUUGUGAAUUGUUCAGUGAACAUGCAUGUGCCCAUACAAUGAUAUGUAAUCAAAAAAGUUCAAUCUAAAUUGUACCAUUAUAUCUUUUUAGUAAAAUGAGAUACAAAUUCCAACUGUGUAUGUUUUGGAGAAAAAGUUGUCAUUGUAGUUAUGUAUUUAAUUUAUUAAUCAUAUUAAUUUGCAUGUAACAAUUGAAAAUGUGUAAAACUUUAAUUUUAUUAACAUACCAUCCAGGCUGCUGAGUUUGGGCGUUUUUUUUUUUGUCUUCAUUUUUUUCCUUUUUUUUUGGUAGUGUUUUUUUCUUUCCUUUUCAGUUGAGUCUUGCAUAAUCUUUAUAGGCGUCAAUCAAUGUACAAUGCAUUUUCAGUGUAUAGAGCUAUGCUACCAUAAAUAAUAAUUUAUUGAUGCAAUUAGUUUUUUACGUCAUCCUUUUAAAAAAAUUGUAUAAUUGGUGCAGAGAGUGUGUGUAAUACUAGUAGUAAUCAAUUUUAUUUUCUGUGAAAGUUCAUUUUUAUAAAAUUGUUAUGCAUUGCUUUGAGCAAAUUUGUUUUUGUUUUUUGUAGAAUAUUUGGUUGCUUGUAAUUAAAGACAAAUGCAGGUUUUCGCAAUUGUGUGUUAAAAGAGCAUUCCCCAUGCUAGUUCAUUCCGAAAAGUAGAAUCCUUUUCUAAAUAGCUAUUUUUUUCUAGCAAAUCCAAACUUAUUCAAUUUUGAAUGAGAUAUCGACUGAAAAAAAUUUGGCCCGUCUGUAGUUAUUGAAUUUUUACUGCAAUUUUUUUCAAUUACUGCCUGCCAGACAAUAAUUCGAUUCUCAUUGGGAAGGCUGGUUCCCGCCCCAUAAUCAGUAUCGAUAAUGUAUGGACCGGGAGCCAGUCUGCUGUCCAAAAUACAACACUUUUUUUUCCAAGGGGUUGUAGAUGGCCAAAUAUGAAAAACAAGGGGUUGUUUUUAUUGGUCGGAAUAGAACAUACAAAUUGAAAAUUUAUUAAGAGAAAAAACCCGAAAUUGUUGAAAAGCAUGGGGAAAGGAACCUUAAACUUAAUUUUCUGUGGUACUUAACUUUGGCUUUGAAACUUAUUUCUGUUGCUUUUUACGUUUGUACAUCUCAUAUUCAUCUCAUGCAACUCUUCUUGUGCUGUUCUGUACUGUUUAACUUCAAUUCGUGAAAAAAUAUUUUUGGUUUCUCAUUGGUUUUCAUUGCCCCUUAUUAUUUUGUCUUAUUUUCUUAAUUCCUGCAUUUCUUAGUUCUCCAGCAAUUGGUUCGAUAGUUUUUAAUUACUAAUACAGGUUAAUUCUCCCAACGAUAAUUGAGCAGUUUUGACACUUAAUUUGAAUGCAAUUGAAAUGCGAGUGAAAUGCAAGUCUUUAUGAUGAUCUCAAUUUAGUUUUCAUAUUGUGUAACACCAAAUGCUAUGCAGUUACUAAAAAAGUGUAGUUCCUUCUUUGAGUGUAGAGUGAGAAUAUAAAAUGUUGUGCUGAGUUCUUGAUUUCUGUUGUAAUUGACAGUUUUGGGGCCAUGUACAUUGGUGAUUUCCAGAAUUGAUCAUCAGUUUUUUUCUAUAAUUGUUAACUUGCUGUCAUUGGUUCCAAAUCUAUGUUGAUAGAGUAGCUCAGGUUUUGGAGAAACUUAUGAAUACAUGUAUGUUGAUAAACUCUGUCAUAGAGAAUCAUAUUUUGUAUCAGAGUUAUCAAGUAUGAAAUCCUGAAAUAAAGUCUUGACAGUAUAGCCAGUACAGUUUUCUUAUUUUCUCACAAAUAAGCACAUAUAUUAUGACAUUCUAACCUGCUUGGUUCAUAUUCCAAGCUUUUUGUCACCCUUGUCUUGGCCUCAAUUCUGUCAAUUUUGAAAUGGCAUGUGUAUUUACUGUUUCUCUGAAAUAAAUCAUCUGUACCGUA